AUGAUCCCUCCUCCAUCUAUGGCGAACUAUAGCCAUGCAGGGGACCACACCAUCUUGCAGAAUGUCUCUCCUCUCGCCACGUUCCUCAAACUGACCUCUCUGGGUUUCAUCAUUGGAGUAGGUGUGGUUGGAAACCUCCUGAUCUCCAUCCUGCUGGUCAAAGACAAGAGCUUGCACCGAGCGCCCUACUACUUCCUGCUGGACCUGUGCGCCUCUGAUAUCCUACGCUCCGCCAUCUGCUUUCCCUUUGUCUUCACCUCCGUCAAGAAUGGAUCUGUCUGGACCUAUGGCACGCUGACCUGCAAAGUGAUCGCCUUCCUCGGUGUGCUCUCCUGUUUCCACACGGCAUUUAUGCUGUUCUGUGUCAGUGUCACGCGCUACCUGGCCAUCGCACAUCACCGUUUCUACACCAAGAGGCUGACCUUCUGGACCUGUCUAGCUGUCAUCUGCAUGGUGUGGACGUUGUCAGUGGCUAUGGCGUUCCCGCCGGUGCUAGACGUAGGGACGUACUCUUUUAUCCGUGAGGAGGACCAGUGCACAUUCCAGCACCGUUCCUUCAGGGCGAAUGAUUCACUGGGCUUCAUGCUCCUGCUGGCGCUCAUCCUCCUGGCCACACAGCUGGUUUACCUCAAGCUCAUCUUCUUCGUUCAUGACCGUCGAAAGAUGAAGCCUGUCCAGUUCGUGCCUGCUGUCAGCCAGAACUGGACCUUCCAUGGGCCAGGCGCCAGCGGCCAGGCAGCGGCCAACUGGCUAGCUGGAUUUGGUCGAGGCCCCACCCCGCCUACUUUGCUGGGCAUCAGGCAGAACAGCAACGCAGCGGGCCGCAGGCGUCUAUUGGUAUUGGAUGAAUUCAAAACAGAGAAGAGGAUUAGUAGGAUGUUCUACAUCAUGACAUUUUUCUUCCUGGCACUGUGGGGGCCCUAUCUGGUCGCCUGCUAUUGGCGGGUGUUUGCAAGGGGCCCUGUGGUCCCUGGGGGCUACCUGACAGCAGCCGUGUGGAUGAGCUUUGCCCAAGCUGGGGUCAAUCCUUUCAUCUGCAUCUUCUCCAACAGGGAGCUUCGGCGCUGCUUCAGCACCACACUCCUCUACUGCAGAAAAUCCAGGUUACCAAGGGAACCCUACUGCGUUAUAUGA